AAGGAACCAGCCAUGAAUCCCUUCCAGAAAAAUGAGCCCAGGGAAAUUCUUUUUUCACCUGUCUCUACUGAAGGGGUACCACCUCGAAACCCCAGCCCUCCAAAGAAGCCACCUCCGAAAAUCUGUGGCUCCAACUAUCCACUGAGCAUUGCCUUCAUCGUGGUGAAUGAAUUCUGCGAGCGCUUUUCUUAUUAUGGCAUGAAAGCUGUGCUUACCCUGUAUUUCCUGUAUUUCCUGCACUGGAAUGAAGACACCUCUACAUCAGUAUACCAUGCCUUCAGCAGCCUCUGUUAUUUCACUCCUAUCCUGGGAGCAGCUAUUGCUGACUCAUUGUUGGGAAAAUUCAAGACAAUCAUUUAUCUCUCCUUGGUGUAUGUGCUUGGCCAUGUGAUCAAGUCCUUGGGUGCCUUACCAAUACUGGGGGGACAAGUGAUACACACAGUCCUGUCAUUGGUCGGCCUAAGUCUGAUAGCUUUGGGGACAGGAGGUAUCAAACCCUGUGUGGCAGCUUUUGGUGGAGACCAAUUUGAAGAAAAACAUGCAGAGGAACGGACUAGAUACUUCUCAGUCUUCUACCUCGCCAUCAAUGCAGGGAGCUUGAUUUCUACAUUUAUCACACCCAUGCUGAGAGGAGAUGUUCAGUGUUUUGGGGAAGACUGCUAUGCAUUGGCUUUUGGCGUUCCAGGAUUGCUAAUGGUGAUAGCACUUGUUGUGUUUGCAAUGGGAAGCAAAAUGUACAAAAAAACACCUCCUCAAGGAAACAUAGUGGCUCAAGUUGUCAGAUGUAUCUGGUUUGCUAUUUUCAACCGUUUUAAGAACCGUUCUUCAGACAUUCCAAAGCGACAGCACUGGCUCGACUGGGCAGCUGAGAGAUACCCAAAGCAGCUCAUUAUGGAUGUGAAGGCACUGACCAGGGUACUGUUCCUUUAUAUCCCAUUACCCAUGUUCUGGGCUCUUAUGGAUCAGCAGGGCUCACGGUGGACUUUGCAGGCCACCAGGAUGAAUGGGAAUUUGGGUUUUUUUGUGCUUCAGCCCGACCAGAUGCAGGUAAUAAAUCCCUUUCUGGUACUUAUCUUCAUCCCGUUGUUUGACCUUGUUAUUUAUCGUCUGGUCUCCAAGUGUGGAAUUAACUUCUCCUCACUUAGGAAAAUGGCUGUUGGUAUGAUCCUAGCAUGCCUGGCAUUUGCAGCUGCGGCAGCCGUAGAGAUAAAAAUAAAUGGUAUGGCCCCACCCCAGCCAGGUCCCCAAGAGGUUUUUCUGCAAGUCUUGAAUCUGGCAGAUGAUGAGGUGAAGGUGAUAGUGCUGGGAAAUGAAAACAAUUCUCUGCUGGUAGAGUCCAUUAAAUCCUUUCAGAAAACUCCACACUAUUCCAAACUGCACUUGAAAACAAAAAGCCAGGAUUUACACUUCCACCUGAAAUAUCAAAAUUUGUCUGUCUACACUGAGCAUUCUGUGGAGGAGAAGAACUGGUACAGUCUGAUCAUUCGUGAGGAUGGAAAGAGUAUCUCCAGCAUAAUGGUAAAGGAUGUAGAAAACAGAACAACCAAUGGGAUGACAACCAUAAGGUUUAUUAACACUUUGCAUAAAGGUGUGAACAUCUCUCUGGGUACAGAUAUCUCCUUCAAUGUUGGUGAAGACUAUGUUGUGUCUGCUUACAGAACUGUGCAAAGAGGAGAAUACCCUGCAGUGCAUUGUAGAACAGAAGAUGAAGACUUUUUUCUGAAUUUGGGUCUACUAGACUUCGGUGCAGCAUAUCUGUUCAUUAUUACUAAGAACUCCAAUCAAAGUCUUCAGGCCUGGAAGAUGGAAGACAUUCCAGCAAACAAAAUGUCCAUUGCAUGGCAGCUACCACAAUAUGUCCUGAUUACAGCUGGGGAGGUCAUGUUCUCUGUCACAGGACUUGAGUUUUCUUAUUCUCAGGCUCCCUCUAGCAUGAAAUCUGUACUCCAGGCAGCCUGGUUAUUGACAGUUGCAGUUGGCAAUAUCAUCGUGCUUGUUGUGGCGCAGUUCAGUGGCCUGGUACAGUGGGCUGAAUUCAUUUUGUUUUCCUGCGUCCUGCUGGUGGUCUGCCUGAUCUUUUCCAUCAUGGGCUACUACUAUGUUCCUGUAAGGCCGGAAGAUAUUCAGGGGCCAGAAGAUAAGCAGAUUCUCCAUAUCCAAGGGAACAUGAUCAACCUAGAGACCAAGAAGACAAAGUUGUAA